AUGGAGGGAGUGGCGCGAUUGAUUCCGUCAAAAACUUCAAGGGAAAGCACGUCAAAAACGACAAUCUCACUGGACAAUCAUGAGGAUUUCGAUCAAGAUACCCCAUUCUCGUAUGAAACGGCGAUUCCGGUGAUGGAGUCCUCAGGGCAGGACGUGCUCGAACUGGAGAUGAACCAUAAUAUUGGCUAUUUGGAUGCUCGGGAGUUCGGUCGAGCGGCUUCUUUCGAUUCGUUGGCUGCUCCAGCGUACACUGAUGAGUAUUCGGAUGUGAGCUACGAUAAUCUGGGAGCACCGUCGUCUUAUCAAUUUCAACCGGUUGACGAUCUCAUCGAUGAGGAACCAAAUAAGAACACCCAACUGAUCGAUCGAAAUUGUGUUGUCGUCGUUCAGCAGCAAUUAAGCGAAACACCGAUCGAUCACACUGCCUACUCACAGCCGCCAUCAACUGAGCAGUCACGACACGAGAACAACAAUCACACUGGACAUGUUGAUACAGCAGUGGCUCUGAGACAGGUCUAUGCAGUGAAAGCGACAACGGGAGAAGCCAAAUCGGCAUCAACUUUCAGCGCAAAUUUCAGUCGUCCCGUUUCCUCGUCUUCACUCAACACUCUUUCCACCACUCCAUCAACCACUUCCACAUCACACAAAAGAUCGAGUGGUCGAAAUCAACCGAAAAAGGAGCCUCUUGAUCCAAAUGUCGUUGAAGAAGAAGUGGCUAGAAACGUCUCACAAAUUCUUUCACUGACAAAACAACACCGUGCCGCCAUGGUGGCCAACGGUGGAGCGAAUGCCCGACAAGGAGGAGGACAAGUUGGCACACAUUUAGCACAUUUGCCCCAACGUACCCCUCCACUAGUGGUUAAUCGAGCUGUUUACACGUGUCCUGAUUGCAAUAAACAGGUCUCGUCGACAAGAAACCUCUCGAGACAUCGUCAAUCUUGUCCAGCGUCGAGAAAGUUCGCCCAGCAAUCGGUACAGGCAACAAUCAGCACUCAACCCCUUGCACCCGGGACGAUGAUGCCGAACGGCCAAAAUCCCCAGUCGAUUUUUGUGAGAAGGGAAGAUGGCUAUCCAGAUUGGUGUUCUCCUCGAUCAUCUUCCGUUUCAACCGCUUCAUCCGUCCGAGAAGCCAUCUCACAUCCACCAUCAAGAGACGAGGGCAGUGUUAUCCCAGUCACAAUCCAAUCCACCGGUUCUUCCCAUGAACUUUCCUUUUCCGAUCAUUUAGACGCACCACCGACUGAUAUGAACAAUUAUGGCAAUCACAGCUAUUCAUCAAAUUCGAUGCUCGACGAUUCUCAGGGCUACUCAAUCGGUUUAGAAGAUCGACCACCAUCUGAUGAGUUGGCCACCUCUGGCGAGAGCGGAAGUGCGAGUCGAAGCAGUGACGUUCCCUCACAGGCGCAAGCUUUCCAAUGUGAAGCUUGCCAAAAGACAGUGGCAUCUCUUCGCUCACUCAAGCGACACCACACCACAUGCAAACCGUUCGCUCAGCAAUUCCCACAUAUUUUAGAGCAAGAAAAAGCCGAAGCUGAAGUGCGGAAGAAAAAAUACGAGGAGCAACGGAUGAAUGCACUGGAAUCGGGAAGGAAACGGAUACGAAAGAAGCCGAUAAACGACCAAGAGACUUUACAAUUAAUAGACGCCGAUCGUUUCUCUCAACCCGGCACUUCAUUUCCUACUCCCGUUUUUCAAGAGGACGAGCCGAGAGAGUUCCCGAGGCAGAUCAUGAGCUCUGACUAUUAUGGAAUUCCCCAUCCCCAGUAUCGGCCUCAAUAUUUCCCGCGAGAUCCUGGCGCCACCUAUACGCCACAGUUGGAUCAUUUGGGAGCCGGACAAGUCGAGUUUUGGUCUCCCUACGAGGGCCAACCCCAGCCAACACCCCGGCAAACCCAGAAUAUGCCCACCUAUCAGAAUCUGCAACCGAUGGGCCCACGACCGCUUGUACAAGUCACUUUUCAAGGCCCACAUCAAUGGGUACCCCAUCAUGCAAAUCAAAUGGCUCAAAUGAACUCGCCUGUGUUCUCCCCGGGUUUCCAUCCAAUGUCAGCAAUGUCACGCUCUUCGUCAAGCUCAAUGGUCGCUAGUCCGAUGGUGGAGCGUGCAGAGUCGAGGAGCGGCUUUUUGAGCCCAGUCGCUACACCAUCUGCUUCAAAUUUCCCGAUUCAACCGGUCCAAAUACAGCAACAAGACCAACCUCUCACAGAAGCUGAUCGUUUGCCCAGUCCCGACUCAUCGUCUGCAAGCAAUGGUGUCAAUCAGGCAAACACAACCUGUCCAGAUUGUCAACGCCAAUUGUGUUCAGCCAGCAAUUUGAAGCGACACCGAGCCACGUGUAAAGCGGCAGCAACUGGAGUCAUAGAACCCAUUCUUCAAGCACCAUCAGUCGACGCUCCCUCACCGCCAAAAGCCGUUCAAUGGGCUUCGCAAGAGGUUCGCCAUUUGCCAGAACAACCCGAUCGUCGCUACGUUGUUCUGGCCGCGCCCUCUGCCGGCUCGCACGUCGAAAUGCAAAUCGAUCAGCAGCGACCAUUCAUUACGGUUGGUGAACACCUCAAAGCCCAGCAGCAAAAGAUGAAUCCGCCACAGCAAAUGCAACGCUACGAGCCGGGGAUUCAUGUCGUUCAGCAGGGAAUGCAACUGGGAGCACAAAAUGGUGGACAAAUUGGGCAAAUUGAGCAAAUCCAGGGUCAACAGAUCAUCAUCGCACAGCAAGCGCCGAUCAACCGACACUCGAUCGAUGGCGCUGAAAUACCCCAUUCUGCUCCUCCCCAUCUCAUGAAUGGACCUCAAUUCCCGGCCCCAAUCCAACGCAGUCAAUCGACCAAUUACCCGCAACAAUACGUCCAGAACUACACAAAUGGCAAUCACCUUCACAUGAACGGUCAUCCGGGCAAUGGUCCAUCACAUCUCGAGGAGAACGGGAAAUUGGAAGAAGACGAGAGUCUUCUCGAAGACGCGCAUGCUGAAUACGAGGUCGACGUGGACGAACACUACGGCUAUGGCUUCAAUUCGGCUACAGACGUCAGUGAUUUAGAGGACGAGUUAAGGGAACAAAAAGAUCGAGAUUUUCAUCUUACAAACGGUUACUCGAAUGGUCAAAACUCAUUGGAAAAUCAAACAUCAACAGAAACGACAACGAUCAAUGGGAACUCGCAUGGGAGUGCGUUGAGAGCUGCUUUGAACAGUAUCUCGCCACCAGCCCGUCACACUGUUUCCUCUCAUCCACUACCGACAGCAGUUCAAUAUCAGACAACAAUCGCAACAGCACCCCCGCUCGAUUCAAUCAUCACCACUCAACCACUACCAGGUGAACGCCUCAUCUUCUCUCCGCAAAACCCACACCAACGCGGACCGGAGCCGACCUAUUAUGUGACUCAUGUACAAGCCUUACCCAAUCACCAGAGCUACGUUCAUCCGCACGGAGCAAUGAGCUACGCGUUAGCUGAACAUCCGAUGUCGCCAAACAUGAAUCGAGAACUUGGCGCAAUGCCAGCCACUCCAGGCCGUGAGGUCGACUUACGCUUUCAGUGUCCCGAAUGCUUAAAGACAUACUCCUGUCGAAAAAAUGUGAAACGACAUCGGAUGGCCGUGCACAAGUUGACACCUGAGGAAAUCGCAAGAAAUCCUGGAUCAGGAGACUAUACAAACGGUGGCGUGAUGCAAUCCCCGCACCAAAUUCUUGGCACUCCGCACACUCCGGUGAUGAUGAACUCGCCAAUGUCAUCGGCUAUCUCCCCAAAUAAAGGUGUAAGGACUGAUGCUCAAUGGGAUCAACAACAAAGCAGUCAGAGUAGAAUAUGGGCACAGACGUCGAUUCCGCAACAAGGACCUCUUCAACCAACCGCGCAACACAUGCAGUCGUUUGACUCAAAUUCGCUGAAAACCCCAAAAAGAGAGCCGGUUGAUGGAUCGAAAAAAGCGAUGACUGAAUUAGCUGAAGCGGACACAACUUUCAGUGAAGAUGCCGAAGAGGGGAAAGAGGUGAAGCAUGAGCUCGCCAGCCAGCCGAUGUCCACGCAAUCAGUGGAGAGUCAACCGAUGGAAGACAACUCUCCGAUUGGCCUUGUUGCACCGUUGCAAUCGAUUAGCCGAAAGACGAUCAACACCGGCAAUCACACUUGCAAUAGCUGUCAACGAGUACUUUCUUCGGAAUAUUCACUCAAGAGACAUCGAUUAUCUUGUGCGAAAGGAAUGGGAUCACAGAACGAUUCGAUCGAAGGCGCUGAUCCGAUGAUCGCUCAGGGCAACAGUGUGGCUCCACAACCGCAAAAGAUGUGGAUCACUGAGUUAAAGCGACGUCCGCAGAGCACUGACGGUGGGAUCAGUUUCGAGGAGGAAACAGCGCCGGAUAGCACCACGCAAAGAGGUGGCGACUCGCUGGCUCACUCUCCUUGCAAUCUCUCGUCACCAUCCGAGAAUGGGGAAAUUGUUCAUACGAGAAAACGUCGUCAUUCAGCUUCGGAGAUCUCGGUUCCACCCGCAAAACAAACUUUAAAGCAUUUAUGUCAGCCUUGUGGCAAGACCUACUCCUCGGAAUGGAAUCUGGAAAGGCACAAGCGGGAAAGUUGUCCGGGAAAAGGCUUUCGACCAAAGGGAACUCCGAAUAUCGACAAAAAUGCCAAUGAUGCAAACACCGAGGACACAGUGAUCAUCGUUGGUUCGGUGAAAUUCGCUGUCUCUCGUCAAGCUCUUUCACGAUCGUCGGCCUAUUUUGCGUCUCUAUUUCAACUCCAUGAACCAAUGCAGGGUGAUGUCCAUGUGGAUGUCGAUCCAAAUGAGUUCCAAAUGUUGCUCGACGCGCACAACAAUCCCACAUCAAUCACUGUUUCAAACAUCGAUGCGGUGGCGCUACUUGCGGAUAAGCUGAAAUUCACCACCGUUUACGAUCACUGUGAAAAGUAUAUCUCGGAAAAGCUUCCCCAAUUCUCCGUGAUGCACGCGAUUCGCCUCGCCGAACAGCUGAAAUUGUCAGCGAUCAAGCAGCGCCUUUUCGACUCGAUUUCGAUCGAUGUGUUCAGAUCCCUUUCCGCUGACCAAGACUACCGCUUGAUGGGUGCUGAUCUAAAAGCGGAGCUGCUCGAGAAAUGGGGCACUUUUCUU